AUGGGUGAAAUUGAAGUAAACUAUGGUUCUACUUUACCUACUGAAUCAUUAAAGGUAAUUGCAGAAAGUGUGGGUAUUGGAAAUUUAUCUGACGAUGCAGCUAAAGAAAUAUCAGAUUCCGCCACUUAUCGUCUGAAAUUAGUAUUACAAGAAAGCAAAAAGUUUAUGAUGCAUUCUAAUAGGUGCAAAUUAUUACCUUCAGACAUUGAUAACGCUUUAAAAGUUUUCGGUAUUGAACCUAUAUAUGGAUUUCAUGCUAAAGAACAUGUACCAUUUAGAUAUGCAUCUGGUGGUGGACGAGAAUUGCAUUUCAUUGAUGAUAAAGAUAUUGAUCUUAUUGAAUUUGUUAAUGCUCCUUUGGCUAAGUUGCCUUUAGAAAUCAGCAUUCGAUGCCACUGGCUUGCUAUUGACGGAGUUCAACCAACUGUACCAGAAAAUCCUCCUUCUGUAUCCAAAGAUGUUCAAAAACUUGAAUGUGUAGAUCCUUUAAACAAAUUAAAAAAACCUAUUGAUAAAGAAGUUUCUGGACGACCAUCUACUGGAAAAGCUCAAAAGUUACGUAAUGUCGAAACUGUUCAUGUGAAACAAUUAGCAACGCAUGAGUUAUCAGUUGAACAACAGCUUUAUUAUAAGGAAAUUACAGAAGCUUGUGUUGGAUCGGAUGAAUCUCGAAGGGCUGAAGCUCUUCAAAGUUUAGCAUCUGACCCUGGCCUUCACGAAAUGUUACCUCGCAUGUGUACAUUUAUUGCAGAAGGAGUAAAAGUAAAUGUUGUUCAAAAUAAUUUAGCAUUGCUAAUUUAUUUAAUGAGAAUGGUCAAAGCAUUAUUGGAUAACCCAGCUCUUUAUUUAGAAAAAUAUCUACAUGAAAUUAUCCCUUCUGUUGUUACUUGUGUUGUAAGUAAACAAUUGUGCAUGAGACCAGAAAUUGACAAUCAUUGGGCUUUGAGAGAUUUUGCCUCUCGCUUAAUGGCACAAAUUUGUAAAAUGUUUAAUACACCAACAAACAAUGUACAAACUCGUAUAACUAGAGUAUUUACAAAUGCUACUAAUUCAGAUAAAACCGCUCUUCCAUCAGUAUAUGGUGCACUUGAAGGUUUAGCAGAGUUAGGAACAGAAACAAUAAAAGUCUUUGUCAUUCCCAGAGUACACAUGAUAUCUGAUAGACUAGACUCACCAGAAGUUACUCAGAAUAAUGUUGAUAGAAUAUCUGGAAACCAAAUUAAACACUUACUUUGUAAAAUAUUGACUCCAGUGUUAAAAAUAACACAUUCGCCACCAGAUAAUUUAGAAGAAUACAAAAAAGAAUUUGGAUCUGUUGGUGUACAAUUGCAUGCUGCUGUAUGUAAAGCUCGUGUAACAACUACUACCCAAAGUACAAGCAACCAAACUGUAACACAAACAAAUACACAGUCUAGAACAGUUGUUGGUCGACCUGUUGCACAAACCACAAGUAACACAGGAAAUCCUCAAAAAUAUGUUCUCAUGUCUCAACGACCUGUUGUUACACAAACUCCACCCAAUAAAACUGUUUAUAUAUCUCAACAAAGUAUAAAAUCAGAAUUUCAAGAUCCUAGUAAUUGAAUGUUGAGUUAAACAAACUUUUUUUUUUUUUUAAAUAGGUUAUUUAUUUAAUGAGCUUAAUUAUAAAUCUUAAAAAUGAUGUAAAACAAAAAUAAAUUAGAAGAAAAAUUAUUGAUGUAAAUUUGUAAACAGUUUGUCAUACCUUUAAACUGGUUAGAACCAAUUUUAUUGGAGAAGG